ACGGGGGAGCAGCUGAUGGUCCCCGUGGACGUCCUGGAGGUGGACAACGAGGGAGCCUUGUGGAAGUUCCUGCUGUCGGGAGCCAUGGCAGGGGCAGUGUCACGCACAGGCACAGCCCCUCUUGAUCGAGCCAAGGUGUACAUGCAGGUCUACUCCUCCCAGGCUAACUUCAUGAACUUGCUGGGGGGUCUCCGGAGCAUGGUGCAGGAGGGGGGUGUGCGCUCGCUGUGGCGAGGUAACGGCAUCAACGUGCUCAAGAUCGCCCCGGAGUAUGCCAUCAAGUUCUCUGUCUUUGAGCAGUGUAAGAACUUUUUCUGUGGCGUGCACGGCUCUCCGCCAUUCCAGGAGCGCCUCCUCGCGGGCUCGCUGGCUGUGGCUAUCUCUCAGACCCUCAUCAACCCCAUGGAGGUGCUGAAGACGCGGCUGACCCUACGCAGGACAGGCCAGUACAAGGGGUUGUUGGACUGCGCCAGGCAGAUCUUGGAGCGUGAUGGCACCCGGGCUCUGUACCGUGGCUACCUGCCCAACAUGCUGGGCAUCAUUCCCUACGCCUGCACAGACCUGGCCGUGUACGAGAUGCUCCAGAGCUUGUGGCUGAAGUCUGGCAAGGACAUGGAGGACCCCAGUGGCCUGGUCUCUCUGUCGUCUGUAACGCUUUCCACAACCUGUGGACAAAUGGCCAGUUACCCACUGACUUUGGUGCGCACCCGGAUGCAGGCAGAAGACACGGUGGAGGGCUCCAACCCCACCAUGCGUGGAGUGUUUCGUCGGAUCCUGACCCAGCAGGGCUGGCCGGGGCUGUAUCGAGGCAUGACCCCCACGUUGCUCAAGGUGUUGCCCGCGGGGGGCAUCAGCUACGUGGUAUAUGAAGGAAUGAAGAAAACCUUGGGUGUGAGCUGACACCGCUCAGAACUUUCAGGAACUGCAAGACCUAGUGUCCUUAGAUCCCAAAAAAGUCCUCCCAGCCUCAGGCUCCCAGGCAGUUCAGAGGGCUUGGGUUAGAAGACCACUUGGGUUUCUUCCCCAUGGUACAGCCUGAGUCCUGAGUUUGGACUCUGGUCCGGGUUCUGCUGGAUCGUCCUGGCUCUUAAGGCUGUAUAACUGAUGACCGUUCAGACAAUUAGGAAUAAAGAUGGGGUUCUGCAGGAUGUGUCAGGGGUACCUGGGUCUAGCCAAAGGCCUUGGA